AUGUCUAAAGUUAAGGUUGGAAUUAUUGGGGGUUCUGGAUUCGAUGACCCAAAUUUAUUCAAAAAAGUAGGAGUGCGACAAGUGACUACUCCGUUUGGAAAGCCGUCAGAUGCUCUUAUCGAAGGUUUUGUUGGAGAUGUUGCAUGUGUUGUGCUUCCCAGACAUGUUAAAGGACACCUAAUUCCGCCCAGCGUGGUCAACUAUCGCGCCAACGUUUGGGCGUUGAGAGAUCUCGAGUGUACUCAUAUAUUAGCUACCAACGCUUGUGGUAGUCUACAGGAGGACUUAGUACCUCGAGAUUUCUUUGUUCUCAAUCAGUUUUUGGAUAAAACUUGGGGUCGUGAAAAUACGUUUUAUGGAAGUAAACCUGAUUCAUUGAAAGGAGUCUUACAUAUGCCAAUGGCAGAACCAUUUUGUGAAAAAACACGUCAGAUGUUAAUCCAGGCGGCCAAAAAUAAAUCAAUAAAUGUUUAUGACAAAAAAACUAUGGAUAAAUCCGCCUGUAUUCAUCCAUGUGUACAUACUGAAGGUUCUGCAGUAACUAUCAAUGGUCCACGUUUUUCAACUCGUUGCGAAUCAUUCGUUCAUAAGGCAAUGGGAUUGGAUAUAGUUAACAUGACAUUAGUUCCUGAAGUUUCAUUGGCUCGUGAAGCUGGUUUAAGUUAUGCUUCUAUAGCAAUUGUUACAGAUUUUGAUUGUUGGAAAGCAGAUGAGGAACAUGUCUGUGUUGAUAUGGUUUUGGAACAGUUUCGUAAAAGUAUUGUUCACGUUAGAGAAAUUCUAUUAGAGGCUGUGGCAUUGAUUGGUGCUGAAGACUGGACAAAAACCAUUGAAGCAAAUAAGGCGCUAGUGUCCAGCUCGCGUCAAGACUUGCUUCAUCAAGAAAGUAAAGGCAAAUAAAUAUGUGGUUAAUUGGAAUUUAUUGUCUGUGAACAUGAACAAAUGAAGUUUAAUUGACUAUUUUACAAAUAAAGAUUUCAAAGAAUGUUCUUAUUUAAUUGACAGUAAUUAUGAAAUUGAAUAUUUUUCAUGACAAGUGUUUUCUACUUUUAAUUGGUUGUUUUGUUAGAAUCCUAUGAAAUUUGUAUUUGAAAAUAAAACUUAAAACAAUAAAAUGAG